GACACUGCGUGUGGUUGGCUGCGUGCCGGGGGCGGAGCCGGUGCCCUGGUCCCGUGCUGGCUGGUUGUGUCGGGCGCCUACCUCAUCGAGAGGUUUAUUUAUGCAUGGUGUCGUGCAAAGUACAUUCUUGGAACUGUUUCUGGUCAAAUUUGCACGCCUGAAGUCUUCGCGCUGGUGUGGAGAAUAGGUUAUUUAGAAAAAUGAAGUACGUUCCCAGCACUCCGGAGCGCGCUGAAUCUUCGGGCUAUGGGCUGAAACUAGGGAUCGUCCGACUUGGCAGAGCCGCGGGAAAGAUCAAGUACGCGCUGCUGGACGAGCGCGACAUCAGCCUGGUGCAGCAGUACGUGUUCGAGGCGCGCCUGGAGAUCGACCGCAACGGCAACGGCGCCAGCAUCUUCGCCUGGUGCUACGACAUCAGCCGGGGCCGGAGCUCCGGCCAGUACGUCCACGCCAUGCUCUGGGAGCGCUACUGCGGCGGCGUGGCACCCGGCUGGAGGGUGGCGCACCACAACGGCAUCACGGUCGAUAACCGGCUGGAGAACCUGCAGCUGGUGCGCGACCAGGCGCGGCUGCCGGCCGGCCGAGCCCAGCAGCCGGCCGGCAAGUCAACCUUGGCACGACCACCGCUUGACAACACCAUCUACUGGCGCGCCAUGCAACAACUGCCUGCCGACGUCACCGAGCACCCGCCCUCCUGCCCUCUGGUGGCCACGCUCGACGGCAAUGGCGACUCGGCCGAGGAGGAGUGCAUCUACUACGAGUGCAAGAACCCGCCGUGCACGCGCAUCGAGCGGGAGGUGCGCGAGUUCAGCAUCUGCGGCCGCUGUCAGACGGCGCGCUACUGCGGCACCAUCUGCCAGCAGCGCGACUGGCCGGCCCAUAAAAAGUUCUGUCGCGAACGCAAGCGCUACGUGCUGGGCGAGCGACCCCCGGAGCGCUAGGCCUGGCCAACCUACGCCGUCCGCCACUACAUAUCACCGUUUGUCCGCUCGCCGUGCGACCGACGCGCGGCCUGCCGCAACCUCAGAUCUCACCGCCAUCUAGCGGACUGACGCCGAACUAGCGCUAUAGGUGGCGCGACCAGCGCCUCGCUGUCGGCAGGCCGGCCGCCCGAAAAAGACGUUAGUGCUCAAUGGUGUCGUGUUAGCGCAGCUCGCGCCGUGCCCGGGGCGGGCGCCUCGGGCUGCGCCGAGCUGAUACGGUUGGGCGUCCGGGGCUCCCCGGCAGGGUUGGGAGGCGGCUGCACGGUCACCGCAGAAGCCCAAAGACUGGUGGUCAGGUGUGAGGCGUGACGUCAUGUCCCGUCCGUAUGUGGUAAUAACUCGGUGGCGCGUCCUGAAGACAGCGCGCCCGUCCCAGCUGAAGUGAUCUUCACCACUGUCUGGCUCUGCAGCGCGGCAGGUAGCGAGGUCGCGUUGCUCCCGCAGGCGGCAUUCCGCGAAGGGGCGACGCGAAGCGCCCCCAUUCCUGGCGUCCUCUCCGACCUCGAGCAUUCCACUUGCUUUGAGUGGUGCUGGGCGCGCGCCGCCCACAUCUGUGGCCGGGUUCGGACCACAGCAGUGCCCAUGCUGGCGUGCCCGCGUCCACGGCUUGUUACUCAUCGCGUGCCUGUGAUGCCGGCAGAUAUUCGUGAGCGGUCCGCACCAAACCAGGUGUGCGUGGCCCGCGGGCGUACGCACGGGCUGGGUGCAUGUGUGCGGCUUGUGUGUGCGUAUGUGCGCGUGCAUUAUAUGAAUAGGUCGCUCACGGGUGCGAGAGGGAACCAUGACAUUCCAGUGGUCACCGCCGACCGGGGUGCGCGGCCGCUCUUGCCACGCCCGCCGCUACCAGCCGGGGUAGGCUCUGACACAGCUCCACGUGGUGCACCAAACUAUAGAUCAAUUGUUUCCUCGUGAAUCGUCCACUGCAGAACCCCACCAACCGGGGGACCAAAAGACCGGCGGUCGGUUUUGCCUGCAGUGUUCUCACCGCGAGACACGACGCUUGCGGCCGCGUUCUUAGUGAACAUGACGUCCAGGAUGGCGGCAUUGACCUGCGCUGCGUCGCCGACCUCCUCAUUCCAUGCGAUAGUUGGGGCUCACUGGGACGAGGCUUACAGCAGUAAUACCAGACUUGUGCUUGAUUCGAUUUAGGCCCAGAAUCAAAGAACAAUGACAAAUUUUCCGUGAAGCAAGUUUGGUUGGGAUUAUAACGCUCAUAAAUAAUAAGUGGGUUCGAAAUGAGGAAUAAGUUUAUUUCCUUUUUUGGCUUGAACCAGCUGACGCGAGAAUGAACCAACUUAAACCCGUAAUGUGUCAAAAAUGACGUCGAAUAUUCAAGGAACGGCGGUUUUUGAAUCGGUGAACGCGUAAAUGUCCACAUUUCUUGGAAUUAGUGGCAAUUUUGCUGGAUCCAAUCCCAAGACGCCAUACAAUCCAAAGUAUGAACACAAUUUUCAUAAAGAUGGAAUUAUGAGGGGUGCACGGGUCAUUGAGUCAAGGAAGUAGUCAAAGAUGUUAGAUAAAUUUGUGUGGCGCUGGAAAUGGUUCUUCCCAUUAGUCAACAAUUCAUGGAGGAGCACGUGCUGUCUCAAAGGAUUGGAAUUUUGUAUUCACACGGAUGAACAGAGGUUCAGAACGUUUUGCUUAAUGCGCUGACGGUGCAGAUGUUUCAUGGGCAUUGCACAACUUUUAAAGACUUAACCAUUGAAUCACCAGUGUUUGAUAUUUUGACGCCGGUGUUCUAUUUUCUUGCAUUGACGUCUUCUGAUUCCAGUCACAUUCAGUAUAAUCGUGAUUCAUACCCCGUUUUCCCUGGUUCAUAAUCGGAGUCAGCUUGUCAUGCCAGUUUACUCAAAUCCAGUGGUUCGAAUAUCUAGUAAAAUGUCAGUUUGAUUCCAAUCCUGAUUCGGCUGUCAAGUAUUUUAAGUCGGAAAGGAUUCGAUUCAUAUAAAAUUGAAUCAAGCACAAGUCCGAUGAUAUACAUUAUUUCAAAUAACUUUGGAGGCAGACCACCGGCAUGAAACAGCAAGACAAACCAGCCUGUGUACAAAUGGUGUACUCAUUUUCACUAGUCCCGUGUGGGGGGUGGGAUACAGCGCGUGCGCUCGUGGCCCUUCGCUGUGGGCGAGCGCCUGCGCUCGUGCCACCAGAUGGCGCCAGGUAUCUCGUGGUGGGCAUUGUGUGGUGGUUCUCGUGUGGGGAGUGAUGUACAUGGACAGAACUGGAAUAUUCGGUCGCUUGCGUGUUUCCUUUCUACCGUUGCGCUUUCUUUUGUUUGUAUGCGUGAGUGUCUGCGUACGCACUGAUUCACGAGGGUGGUACGUUAUCUAGUCGACUAACCAAGGAUUCCAGUUUUUACUAACAUUGUACAUGAAUCUACAAUAUAUUUAUAUCAGAUC